UCCAAGUCAAUUGCAGAUAGGUUUCAGUAUGCGGGGAAUGGGCCUUGCGGUGGAGAUAUAGGGCUACUCUAUCAAACUCUAAUUUUCUGACAGCUUCCUUCAUAUCUUUUGUUCACACAUCUUUGUCUCUUAUAAUGUUAAUUUCUAAUUUCUCCCUCGCAGCAGCUUUAAAUUUGGUGGCACUAGGUCAAGCUAGUAUCGAUGUUACGAGUCUACUGAUUAGACUGCCUUCAUGUAGUGUGAGUAAAAUUUCCAAGCCAGGUGUUCGACUUUCAACCAUGGUUGACAAACUUCGUAGCUAUCCUGUUCCAGUGUGAUCCUAGAGGGCGGAUGCUCGAUCAAUAGCGAGCUACCACAAUGCUUGUGCACAAAUACAACUCUACAAUUUGAUCUUGGUUCGUGUUUACUACAAUCUUGUAACACAACCGAGGUGGCAGGUAGGUCAAUUGAUUAUACCGCACCUUCAAUACUAACUUGAACAGCUGCUUCCUCAUUGUUCCAGCAGAAUGUUUGUGUGGGAUUCCACAAAGAAUCUCGAAGUGAAGAUAUCAUCGUACUUACAAUUGCUGCUGCCUCUGUCACUGGCUUCUUCGUUGUCUUGCGACUUAUUUCGAGACGAAUGGUUACGAAUACUAUUCAUUCGGAUGAUUGGGCGUUCAUAUUGGCGGCGGUAGGUGAAAUUUGUAACUCGUGCCAGAAGUUCUCUAAUGUCAUCUAGGUUCUUAUGGUGCCGACUGCAACCAUUUGUGCAUUUAGUAUGUUCCGUCGUCCAUGUUAUGGUGUCGUUGUCACUCAUCGCUCCAAACAGAUGCAUCUCAUGGCUUUGGGCAACAUUUCUGGGAUGUACCUCCCGAAAAUAUCACUCUGCUUCGCAAGGUAAGUACCCUAUUGUGUCUGGGGGAUCUUACACAGAUCUGGAAGAACCCAUGCAGAAUCCGACGUUCAUGCUAAUGAUGACGCAGCUAUACUAUGUCUCCCAAAUAAUCUAUAUUCUUAACUUGGCAACUUGCAAAUUCGCAAUCCUUCUUCUAUACCAUCGCAUUUUUACCAGUGCCAGAUUUCGCGUGGGUCUAUGGAUUGCAAUUUCAAUGAUGAUACUCCACCACUUUACUUUUACCAUGGUUGUUGUAUUUCAAUGUAACCCAAUCAAGACGUAUGAGCUUCUGUGCAAAUUGUGCAUUUAUGAGCUAAUUCUAUGUCUAGUGUAUGGAGUCCUGAAGUUCCUGGAAAAUGCUUAAAUACCGUCGCAAUAAUCUACGCGGGUGCGGCCUUUAACAUUAUUGAAGACAUCAUCAUAAUGGCACUUCCUGUUGCGGAGUUAACAUCUUUGAAGUUGGAUACAAGGAAAAGAAUCGCUUUGGGGUUUUUAUUUGCCUCGGGCUCUGCGUAAGUAUGAGACCAAAGAGAAUGGUACACAUGACUGAUCCGUCCUAGGGCAUGUAUCACAAGUAUAGUUCGAUUGAAAUUUAUUAUAACUUAUGGUAACACUGUCGACUCGACAUGUAGGUUGUCUCGUGUCUAUUCUCAAUAUAGCGCUAAUAAGCUGUUAGGGGAUAAUGUCGACGUCGUUCUCUGGUCAACGAUAGAGAUUUACGCAGCUCUCAUUUGCGCCUGUUUUAUCUGUCUUCGGCCCCUUGCUGCAAAACUUCUGCCGGUUCUUUUCAGAUCUCAACAUACAGCAAUCAGCCGUGAAACUCCGUUUUCUGAUGAGAGCAACAAGUUACGGACCGGUAUUGCUGAAAAGUUGUAUCGUGGAAAUUUCGGGAUCAGAUUAUCUGAUUCGGACAUGCGAACUUCCAACUUCGAUACUCAGCAGUCCCAUAUCGAUCGAUUGGAAAGAGAAGAUAUGCAUUCUGCCAACAUUGAGUUGGGAGAGUAUAAGGGCACGAUAGUCUCUUCGCAACCUUUGGGGGUUCCUGGGUCGUGAAAAAAGGUUGAAGGGGGAUGAAUUACUAAUACCCAAUGCAUCUUCCAUACCCUAACUAUUCGAUC